UGCUCCUACUUGUGUACAGGUAGAGGAGGCGGGGGGAUAAAAGCCAGCCCAUAUGUAGAUCAGAGUUUACUGCUCGGCUUUGUCUCAUCUCUGUUCUACCUCUAUGCCAAAGUUCAGUGCUCACAACUCGGGACAAUAGGAGAAAGAAGACACUGGACUAGAUGUUCUGUGGCAGCUUCGUCUUACUGAUUCUGUUUUUGACCCUGAGACAACUGAACGAAACUAUUCGGCCAGCACAACAGGAUGUGCUGAGGAGUUUUCCCCUCUUGAUCCCAACAUUCCACCCGAGUAUCAUCCCAGAGACGCCCACUGCUCUAUCUGUGCACUGAAAAGCAGGUGGGGGAAAGGGAAAGCAGCGGGAGAUGAAUAAGUCUCUGUCAAAGGUGAACAACAAGAUGAAACAUGAUUACAGCUGCCGGUGGGUGGACAUUUUUACCAUCGGACAGAGCCAGGACACAUGUGAGAGUGGUAUUGAUUAUCUCAUCCAACUAUCAGCAAGAAGUCCUUCCAUUGGCAGUGAAACUAAAACUUCGGAGAUCACCAUUAGUUUCAAUCGACCCAGAGCAACAUGAACAACAGGAAGGCAGCGGUCCAGCGAAGGAUUGUGUCCAAGGACGGCCACAACAAUGUGCGGAUCGACAACGUGGAAGGCAUGGUGAAGCUGUACCUGCACGACAUCUGGACCACCGUGGUGGACAUGAAGUGGCGCUACAAACUCACCUUGUUUGCUUCCACGUUUGUCAUGACCUGGUUCAUCUUUGGGGUCAUCUUUUACUUCAUUAGCAUGGGCAACGGAGACUUUGAGGGUGGUCUGAGUUCCAACCACACGCCCUGUGUGAUGAACGUGGAGACGCUGACGGGAGCCUUCCUCUUCUCACUGGAAUCACAGACCACCAUUGGCUAUGGCUUCCGUUACAUCUCAGAGGAGUGUCCUCUGGCUAUCUUCACUCUGGUGGCUCAGCUGGUCAUCACCGGCCUGGCUGAGAUCUUUGUCACCGGCGCCUUUCUAGCUAAACUGGCUCGGCCCAAGAAGCGAGCAGAGACCAUCAAGUUCAGCCAGUUGGCGGUGAUCUGCCAGCACCAAGGCAAGCUGUGUCUGAUGGUGAGGGUGGCCAACAUGAGGAAGAGCCUUCUGAUCCAGUGCCAGCUAACAGGAAAGCUCCUCCACUCCAAUGUGACAGAGGAGGGCGAGAAAACGCAGGUCUACCAGAGCUCAGUUAAUUUCCGCAUGGACUCCAGCGGGGAGUGCCCUUUCCUCAUACUGCCGCUCACGUUCUACCAUGUUCUGGACGAGCAGAGCCCGCUGGCCGGACUCAACGCAGAAAACCUCCACACCCGAGAGUUUGAGCUGCUGGUCACCCUCAAUGCCACCAUGGAGUCAACGGCAGCCACUUGUCAGAGCCGCACCUCCUACGUUCCCCAGGAGAUCCUCUGGGGCUACGAGUUCAAGCCGGUGAUGUUCAGCACCACGGGCGGCCGUUACGUGGCCGAUUUCAACUUCUUCGACAAGGUGCAAGUGAGCAACGAUGCCCUCUUCGUCAGAAACAACACAGAGAAGCUGAAAAUUGAGGAGGACUAUAAAAAAGAAUAGAGGAUCGAUAUGGAUGAGGAGGAUAAAUGUGUUACAAUAUCAUAUAAAAAUCUGAUUUUGUCCAGUUUCUCAAUACUAUGACUUUUUGUUUGGUAAUAAUACAAAAUAUCCAGCAGACUGGAAACCCUGACAUGCUUUCUAGAUGACAUUAUUCGUGGAGAAAUGUUGUAAGCGUGAAUGUUUUACUCGAUUAGGAAAGACGAGGUUUAUGAUAAUAUGAUACAAUAGACAUGGUUAUAAACAGGGGGUAUAUUUUGUAGAGACUAAUACAGUUGUUUGUGGGUUUUUUGUAAAUAAAUGUGUCUUUAUUCAUUGAAAAAAUAAAAGUGUAAUUUUUGUGAAAACAGAA